AGAGCAACGAUGUUGAUGUGAAAAUAUGCUCAGUACAGGGGUGGCUCUCGCUGUGCAUAAAUGUCGGAAAGGCGGUGAAUGUGGAUAUUCGCAGGAAAACACCUUAACACAAUUAAACCUUUUUGAGCUGGCUGGCAAUCUUAACGUAGAUAAAUUAAUUGCGGCCCAAAUAGCAGCCAAAUCAAAAAGAACGUGAAGACGGCUUCAAACGAUAAUCACUUCCUGCAACUAAAAGCGUAGUAGUAGCACUCUAAAAACUUAUUUCGUCGAAAAAAAAGAAAUAAAAGCAAAACAAAAAAAAAAAAGAAACGAAUUAUAGAGCUACAAAGAAAACAAAUAAGCUGCCUUUUUGUUUUGUGAGUUGACUUUCAAUGGCGCGUUUUGUGAUUUAUUUCUUGGUCAUUAGUUCACUGUUGAUUUGUCAUGAAAAUGUGCGUCAGGGUUGGAGCAGCGGUAUGGCGGAGGCAACAAAUGGGCAUGGUGGCCAGCUGGAGGGACGCGACCGUCAUCAUCAUGAAAGGGGUGGACACAUAAGACGCGACCUGAAUCAUUGCUGGCGUCGUUACGAUGGCUAUAAUUUACAAAGCACGAUGGUCAAUAAAAAGGAGCAGUUGAAGAAGCCAUAUGGCAUACUGUGCAAUUUCAAAUGUACUUGGUUUUUCACAAUAAAUUUUCCCACAUGUGAAUUCAUUUAUGAUUACAAACUUUCUUGCUACUUAUUUACAUCACUGCCGGAUUGUACUAACGUGAAAUGUACGCUUCUGAAUUUUUUUACAUAAAAUAUAGCUAAAUUUUGCA